AUGGCUCUACGUGCUCCAUGGAACAAGGGCUGGGUUCGCAUUGCGAUGCCGGUUGCCUUACUGCUUGUUCUACUCAACACAUUUGCCGUUCUUGCGCUUGCCAUCUUCAACGUCGCCGCUCUGGAUCUCUCCGACCAUGACAAACCGGACAGCAUCCAAGCGAGCACCUUUGCAGUCAGAGUGUAAGUCACCGCAGCCUCAAAAUAUCAAACAACCAUCAAACAACUAUCAAGGCAAUGCUGACAUCUCUCAGACAACUCGUCUUCUUCUGGUGCACCAUCCCACUCGUCCUCUUCAUCACGACCGUCUGCGAGAAGUUCUGCCUCUGGGCCGACCGACUGAGUCCCAUCCGGAUCGUCACAUCCUCCGCACUCGCCAUCGCAGCAUGGAUAGUACAAAUCGCACUCUGGGAUCAAUGCAUCAGCAGCGUCGGCUCCGCCAAUACACCAGGCUACUGUCCGUACGUCUACCAAGGCGACGGAUGGGGUACUUAUCCUUCCUGGGAGGUCGCAAGUCCCCACGGAGCCGUCGACGCCAUUCCGACGCUCUUCAUCCUCUACCUCUUCCCGCUCUGCUUCGCGAGCAUCGUCAUGAACCGCCAACGACGAACCUCUUUCCGGAAAUCCGACAUGCGACAAUCCUGGGUGCGACAGAUGGAAGAGGCAGCUUCAGAGUCCGCCCUCAUCAGCCCGGAGCAGCAAGGCCGGUUCACUUCUCCCGUUCUGAGGCCUAGCGAAUUCGAAGCUACCCUUCCACCACGACCGCGAAAAGAUACCAUCUCAGGUGAAAUCGCCCUCAGUCCCUUCGACAACGCCGGCCAGGCAAGAGGCACCCCCUUCUGGUCCGACAACUUAGCCCUCAGCCCGCUAGACAUCCCAACCCGCUCUCGAAGCAGCAGCACAGCCUCCAACAUCAACUCCGACGACCGCGGCGGCCCCGUCACUUCCCUCUCCGCCGGCAACCGCUCCCGAAGCAGCACCUAUUCCCAACCCGACCAACCCUCCCUCUCUCCCACCGAAUCCAGCAAUCCCCGCGCUUCCCACAAACACCGCUCCCGCGCAAGCACCGUCUCCUCUUCCCGGGGAAGAUACUACAGCGGCGUCUCCGCCACGGACAUCCCACUCCCGGAUGAACCCCUCCGAACCUAUCCCGCCGACGAGAGCAAGUCCACAGAAAGGAGAGCCUCGAGGAGUCAAUCGAAUUUGAACCUCGCGUACGUGAAGAGUCUGCCGGAGAUUCUGCCGCCUUUGCCCUUGAAAGGGCGCAAUUCGAAGUAG